CUGUCUGUUUACAUGAGCGUGAAUCUGUGUAUGAUGGCAUUGUAACAUAUUGUCAAAUACUGUGUAUUUGUCGCCAUCUAGUGGUUGAAGUAAAUAAUUUACAGCCUCCACUUGACUCACAACAAGCAUCACUCACUGUUACGAAGUCACUAAAGUCAAGCAUUCACUUUCAAAUCUGUCACCAGUCUAGACAAACAUAGACUAGAAAACCGAAGCCUAUAAUGAGAGCUUGCACACUCCACAUUAAAAACUUCCAGGGGCCUGGCUUUGUGUCGCAGCAUGUUUCAAACUCCUGUUACAGAAUUUGAACCUUUCACAGAACCUUUUGAUGUUAGGCAACAUAUAUAAAUCAACAUGACAAUGUUAAUACGAUGGAAGGUUUUAUGAAGGAAAUGAGAUCAUAAAUCAGAUUACAGACACAGAUAGUGUCAAAAAGUGCAUAUCCCUGCAGCCUGAUGAGCAUGCACAAACACUUCAUAAAUCAGCAACACUUGAGCCAAAGUCCUCCAGUUACUCUUUAAAGCAGACAUAAAUUUCAAAGGUCAUAUCUCUGCGUACACACUUAAACCAAAGCAGUGACAUUUACUUGGUGACACUCUGGACAGUGAUGGAGAGAGUACUGCUAUUGUUUGGACUCGUGGCUCUAGCCACAUCAUAUGCUAUACCUGUUUCCCCUAAGGUGCAUGAGGUGUACGAGAAUGGUGAGGAUGAGAACCCCAUCCUAAACCUGGGUUCAGAUGCCAACCUGUUUGAAGGGGACAUUUUAAUUCCAAAAGGAAAGAAUGCCCUGAUUGACAAAAGAUACAGAUGGAAAUUUCCAAUCCCUUACAUACUGGGUGAUGAUUUAGAUCUGAAUGCCAAGGGCUGCGUCCACCAGGCUUUUGAAAUGUAUCGGCUGAAGUCCUGCAUUGACUUCAAGCCUUAUGAGGGAGAGCAGACAUUCAUCAAGUUUGUAAAGAGAGGAGGGUGUUUCUCCAGUGUUGGUGACCAGCAGGAUGGUCAGAUUCUGUCUUUGGGGUCAGGCUGUGACCACAAGGCGGUGAUCGAACAUGAACUACUUCAUGCUCUUGGAUUUUACCAUGAACAGUCCCGUACAGACAGAGAUGACUAUGUCGACAUCUGGCUGGAUCAGGUUACACCAGGACUUGAACACAACUUCAACAAAUAUAAUGAUGACUUCAUCACCGAUCAAAACACGGCGUACGACUAUGAGUCCAUCAUGCAUUACAGGCCCUUCUCCUUCAAUAAGAACGAAUCCAUCCCAACUAUAACCACCAAAAUCCCAGAGUUCUACAACAUCAUUGGCCAGUACCUCGACUUCAGCAAUAUGGACACCCUUAGGCUCAACCGGAUGUACAAUUGCUCUGGUCCUCUCACCCUACUGGACCAGUGUGCCUUUGAGUAUGCCAGUAUCUGCGGGAUGAUCCAGGCCUCCUCUGAUGAUGCCGACUGGGUCCACACAAAGAGCAGUGUGGGUUCAGAGGAUCACACACUCCUGGGACAAUGCAGAGAUGCUGGGUACUUCAUGCACUUUAAUACCACGGUUGGGAAGCCUGGGGCAUCUGCUUUGCUUGAAUCCCGAACACUUUACCCUAAGAGGAAGCUUCAGUGUCUGCAGUUCUUCUACAAGAUGACUGGAAACACAGAGGACAGGCUUGUGAUAUGGGUCAAGAUGGAUGAUGGCACAGGCACUGUUCGCAAAAUGCAAAAAAUACACACCUUUUAUGCUGAUUCUGAUCACACAUGGAAGAUUGCUCAUGUACCAUUGGAGGUAGGAGAGAAAUUCCGCUAUGCUUUCCAAGCCGUGCGUGGUGCAUCCACUGCAUCCCCCGGCGGGAUCUACAUCGACGACAUCAGCCUGACUGAGACACGCUGCCCCAACAACGUGUGGAGGAUCCAGAACUUCUCUAAGAUCAUGGAAACAGCCAACUUGAACACAGUUAUUGACAGCCCUCGUUUCUACAGCCCUGAAGGCUAUGGUUACGGUGUCCGCGUCAUACCGUUGACGAGUUACUCUGAUCACACAGGGAGCUACGUUGGGCUGUACUUUCACCUGAUCAGUGGGGACAACGAUGUGGUGAUGCAGUGGCCAGCGAUAAACAGACAGGCCACCUUGGUGGUGAUGGACCAAGACCCAGACAUUAAGCUGAGGAUGUCCACCGCUCGCAGCCUCACAACUGAUAUGAGGAAGACACCAGAUGGAAACUUCUUUUGGGAUAAUCCCUCCAAGGUUGGGACCUUGGAUCCUUCCUGUAAUUGCUACAGAGGUAGUUCGUGGGGCUGGAGGAACUUUGUCAAGCACUUCGACCUCAGGCGGCGCAAUUACCUCAAGAAUGAUGAUCUCAUCAUCUUCAUCGACUUUGACGACAUAACGUCACUGAUCAAAACAGAAGUUCCCAUUAAGCCAAAGAAGUAAGAUCAGAUCAGACUGGAUUUCAUAUCAUGAUUAACUGGAGAUGUACCAUAUGCAGCUGUGAUGAGAAGAACAUUAUUUGAAGAUGAAGAAAGGAUGAAGAUUAAAUGAAGAUUACUGCUGUGCCACAAUUUCAGAAUCAUACAUACAUAGUUUACACAAUUUAAGUUAAAUUCAGUAUAUGAAAGCCAAAACAAACGCAUACCAAUCAUUUUGAACAAGUUAUUUCUUAUUGAACUGUCCUAAUAAAAGCUACUGAAGAA